AUACACUUAUCCGGGCCAGAGUAAGUCCCAAACGUAAACCGCGCGAUUAAAAAAAAAAACAGUAAUUCAUAUUUCUCUGCGAAACCCUAGUAUAACAAUUAUUAAGAAAUUCUGACGGAUUAACUCUUCAAAUUUUCUCAGGGCUUGUGCUGAACGGAAUGGCAUCGCUAUCAAGUCAGCCGCAGUUCCGCUACACUCAACCACCGUCGAAGGUGCUGCAUUUAAGAAACUUGCCAUGGGAGUGUACGGAGGAAGAGCUGAUUGAGCUGGGGAAGCCAUUUGGUAAGGUCGUUAAUACCAAAUGCAAUGUUGGCGCCAAUCGAAAUCAAGCUUUCAUCGAAUUUGCUGAUUUGAAUCAGGCUAUUGCUAUGAUAUCAUAUUAUGCUUCAUCUUCGGAGCCUGCUCAAGUUAGGGGCAAAACGGUCUACCUACAAUAUUCUAACAGGCAAGAGAUUGUAAACAACAAAACCACGGCGGAUAUUGCCGGAAAUGUUCUUUUGGUAACAAUAGAAGGUCAAGAUGCGCGGCUUGUUUCCAUUGAUGUUUUGCAUCUGGUGUUUUCAGCUUUUGGAUUUGUGCAUAAGAUUACUACCUUUGAGAAGACAGCUGGAUUUCAGGCAUUGGUGCAGUUUUCAGAUGCAGAAACAGCCACAUCUGCAAAAAAUGCCUUGGAUGGACGAAUCAUCCCUAGGUAUCUGCUUUCUGAAAAUAUAUCUCCUUGUACGCUUAGGAUCACAUAUUCUGCUCAUACAGAUCUGAGUGUGAAAUUUCAGAGCCACAGGAGCAGGGACUAUACCAAUCCCUAUCUUCCUGUUGCUCCUUCUGCUAUAGAUGGAAGUAACCAGUUCAAUUUGGGUCUUGAUGGGAAAAAGCUAGAACCUGAAAGUAAUGUUUUACUUGCAUCUAUUGAGAACAUGCAAUAUGCUGUUACCUUGGAUGUGCUGCACAUGGUCUUCUCUGCUUUUGGCCCUGUUCAAAAGAUUGCCAUGUUUGAUAAGAAUGGUGCCCUGCAGGCUCUAAUUCAGUACCCUGAUGUUCAGACAGCUAUUGUUGCCAAGGAGGCCUUAGAAGGGCACUGCAUAUACGAUGGAGGGUUUUGUAAACUUCAUCUCUCGUAUUCACGUCACACUGAUCUUAGUAUAAAGGUCAAUAACGAUAGGAGCAGGGAUUAUACAAUCCCUAAUCCUGCCAUGGUGAACCCACAGCCUUCAGUUCUGGGGCAACAACCAGUUCAAACAAUGGGUCAUCAAUACAAUGGGACACAAUACGCUCCAGGUGUACAACAACAACCUACAAUGCCUCCACAACCUUCAGCUGGAUGGGGGUCAUCGGCUGUUCCACCGAUGCCCCAACCUAUGAUGAAUAAUCAUAAUCCUUACAUACCACCAGCCUCAAUGCCGCAAAUAUCUCCGGGAAUGAUGCAAAUGCCUGGCCAGGGUGGCAUACCUCCUUUCAGACCCACUCAUAUAUGUCCAGACAGCUAUUGAUACCUUCACAACCCUCAGCUGGAUGUGGAGCCUCAACUGUUCCGGCAAUCGGUGUCCAAACAGAUAAGUAAUCAUCAUAACCCUUAUAUUCCACGGGUCUCGAUGCGACAAAUGACUCCCGGGAUUAUGCGAAUGCCAGGCUAGGGUCGCGUACCACCACCAGCUUCGACUGUGCCUCCUUUUAGACCCAAUCGUAUCAUCGUAAUAGCAUGUAGGUGAUGGACAUCGUGCAGCGGUGUCAUUAAGUUCUGGGGGUGUUCACUUGAAAGAAUUUUAAAGAUUCUGAAGGGUUAAUAAAAAUUUCAAAAGUUUUGAAGGAUCUAAUUAAAA